UCCGCGGUGUCUGAGCUCUCGUAAUCUCUUUCCUUGCACCACUGGAAGAGACCGAGCGUCCGAGAUUGCACCCGACUUUUCGGACGAGCUCUCUAUAAAAGGUCCUCCUGUCCCGUGGUAGUGGUGUGCGGCCACGGAAUGAAUGGGUGGUGGGUGAAUCACUCAACAGCGGCCAAGUGGGGAGCGCAAGGACGCUAGUGACUAUGAUGAUACGGACUCUUAAAUAUUGUUAAUUGAGUAUAGAUAAUGUGUACAUAUGUGAAUAAACAGUGAAUGGUAUAAACUACGGAUGAUCUACGAAGAUGUUUGACAUUAGUGGAUUAUGACUGGGGGCCAUUGCUGAGGAGCUCUACGUGCGGCAUGAUCCUCCCGCGAAAUUGGCUCAAUCAUCUAUGAUGAGCUAACUGUGGGGCAACGCUCCCACUUAUGCCUGCUCGAUGGAUUCUUCAAAUUUUGUGACAUGUUGUGAUUCUCUUGAUCCUGGUCUGGACUGUCUUGACUUACCGUCGAGAUAGAUGGCAUUAGUGGGCCUGACAUGGACCAGGACUGUAGUAGCGUGAAUUCCAGAGAAAGCACUUCAGGAUGUUGGUUAGCCUUUAUGGGUUUUGCUAUUUGCUCCCUAUCCUGGAGGUGUGUUCGAGAUUGCCCGACAAAGGUGGUGGGAGUAAGUCCUAUAACCGACUUUGGUACACUCCCGUCUUGCGGUCGUUCGGUGAUGUCGUCCUUGCCGCCGGGCGGUCAUCCGCUUAUGUAGGGUUGCAGAAGGAAUUAGAGGCGAGCGGGGUGAUUGGCCGCUGAGUCACUCGGCUUCUUUCUCAUCGCCGGUACAUAUACAAUAUGGAUAGUUUUAAAAAGGACAUAACACGGCGAGAGUUCGGAUCCUCGUCACGGUUUCCCGGGGGUAGUGUCCCCGCUCCCGUGCGAUCGACUCCUACGGAAGAAUCAGGCCAGAGGCAAAUUGCCGGCGGGUUCCGCGGCCGAUAUGGCUACCGCUGAGGGUGGGACUGUGGACAAGGGUGUGUGUGCGAUGCCCGAUUCUGGUUUGCAGUCGAAGAAGGGGAAUGCUUUGUUGCAACGGCGAAAACCCGCGAUAGUGUUGGAGAAGCUGUCUAUCACUGGGGUUGGUGAACAAAUGAAAAGUAAGGGUGACAUUGUUCCUGACAGUCAGGACACGGUAUUGAUGAUAAGUGAUGAUGAGAACAUGGUUAGUGUCAAGGGGUCUGAUCCCAGGAUAGUAUCCGAUGUGCGUCUCCCCAGGGAUUACGCGUGGUUGAUGAGGAUAUUGUGAAUUCACCUGUCACUGCGGUCGAGAUGUCUGAUGCUCCAGUGGUGAUCGACAGUUCGAAAGGAAGAGCCAGUACUUCGACGGAUUCUAUCACAUCGGUUGAUGCUGUGCGAAGUAAAAAGAGAAGACGUAAGCCAAAGGGCAGUAAUGUCCCAGGAGCUAAAUCCUUUUCUAAAAUGAGCGCAUCAAGAAUGGACGAUUAUGACUAUGACAUUUUGGAUCGGCCCGAUUUCCUGUAAAUCACCAAGAAAGAUUGGCGGGCGGGUAAAAAGAGAAAAUUACAGGAAUGUCCCUUAGACGACUCUCUGUCGUAUAAGCAAAAGACUGCGGUGGAUGAAAUUACCUAUCUAUUCCCGUAGAUGUCUCCGACACUAUAAUGACAGAGACCUUGAGAGUCUUGAAUGCAGCAAGUAGCGCGCAAAAAAAGACAUCAACGAUGAAGGGUAAUCUGCGCCGCCAGAUAAUUAUAGGAGUGGAAGUGGCCAGACAGGCAGUUUAACAACUGGCGGCGAACUCAGUUAGGGUUCAAGAACCGGUUGAAGUAAUGAGCGGAAGGUGUCUUCAACUACAAAGAUAGUCUCCUAGAAGAAGUCAGGCUACUGAGGAGGGAGCUUGUUAGCUGUAAGGCGUCAAGACGCAGAAAACUAGAUUACGGAAGAGUAGAUCGACAAAUGGCUGGAAUUUCGCACACCUCCCCUCUGGGAGUAGCUGGUGUGACUGAGGAUAUAUCUCCAACAUGCCGCCCUUCACUGAGGGGAGUCUCCAGAGUAAUACCGGAGGAUUCCUCUGUGAGAAGGAAACUGGUCGAUGAAAGAGAACAUAUUGUUCUCUCUGCUGCGGUUAGUGGGCAAGAGGACAACCACCAACGAGAAAAGGACCUUACUGGUUGGCUUCCUUCUUCAGGUCCCGAGAGAGGAGAGCCCUGGGAAACUGUUGCGGGGAAGAGAAAAAGGAAGAAAAGGAAAACAAGAAUAGAUAUUUAUCGUGAUGGUAACAGUGUG